AACAACCAAACGAAUAAUAUUCGAUCAAAAUGUCUCGCUACGUUCUUGCUUUACUUGCCAUUUUGGUAAUCGUUUCGGCCACUGCUGCCAGUUCAAAUUCGCCAGAAUGCCCGCCAAAUGAAAUAUGGAAUCAGUGCGGUAGUGCUUGCCCCCAGACUUGCAAAGAGCCUAAACCUCGUCCAUGCACACUGCAAUGCGUUCCACAAUGCCAAUGCAUGAAAGGACUGCUUAGAAACAGCAAAGGAAAAUGUGUUGAACCUAACGAAUGUUGUUAAUUUGACACGAUACAAAAUGAUUAAUCUUUAAAUCUCUAC